UUCGUCUAGUAUUAAAUAUUACUGGAUCCAGAAUUCUAAACAAAUGUUGGAUAAAGUGGUAGAUCCGGUUGGCGAGUUGGGCGGGUUUUCGUUCUACAGCAGCGACUUACCUCGUAGCCUCAGUUUAUACGCAAAGUAAAGCAAAGCAGAUUAGCAACAAACACAAAUGAUGAUUUAACUCUUCAAGCUUUCCAUCUUAAUUCCUAAUCCAGACAAAAGAAGGGAUCCAUCGUCAUCGCCGUUGCUGUCUCCGUUGAUCAUUUUAUCUCAGGUGAGGUUAAAUGGACAGCAAGAAGGUCAUCGUUUGCGACAAUGGCACUGGGUAUGUCAAGUGUGGUUUUGCUGGUGAGAAUUUUCCGACAUCGGUAUUUCCUUGUGUGGUGGGUAGGCCGAUGUUGAGAUACGAAGAAACACUCCUGGAACAAGAGUUGAAGGAUAUUGUUGUUGGUGAAACCUGUUUGAACUUGAGACAUCAACUAGAUAUAUCUUAUCCUGUCAACAAUGGCAUUGUGCAAAAGUGGGAUGAUAUGGGUCAUGUUUGGGAUCAUGCCUUCUAUAAUGAGCUCAAGGUGGAUCCAUCAGAAUGUAACAUUUUGCUCACAGAUCCGCCUCUCAAUCCUUCAAAAAACAGGGAAAAGAUGGUGGAGACUAUGUUUGAGAAGUACAAUUUUGCUGGUGUCUUCAUCCAAAUACAAGCUGUUUUAACAUUGUAUGCUCAAGGUUUACUUACUGGACUAGUCAUCGACUCUGGUGAUGGUGUCACUCAUGUGGUUCCUGUUGUAGAUGGCUACUCAUUUCCUCAUCUUACUAAACGAAUGAAUGUUGCUGGACGCCAUAUAACAACAUAUCUUGUUGAUUUACUGCUUAGGAGAGGUUAUGCAAUGAAUAAGAGUGCUGAUUUUGAAACUGUUAGAGAUAUCAAAGAGAAGCUCUGCUAUGUUAGUUAUGAUUACAAAAGGGAGUAUCAACUGGGACUUGAGACCACCAUUCUUGUUAAGAAUUAUACUCUGCCAGAUGGAAGGGUUAUCAAAGUUGGUACUGAACGCUUUCAGGCCCCAGAAGCUCUUUUUACUCCGGAACUCAUAGAUGUUGAAGGUGAUGGAAUUGCUGACAUGGUAUUCCACUGUAUUCAGGAAAUGGAUAUUGACAACCGUAUGAUGCUUUACCAGCAUAUAGUUUUGAGUGGAGGGAGCACAAUGUAUCCAGGAUUACCUAGUCGACUAGAGAAAGAAAUCUUGGAUCGUUAUCUUGAAGUUGUGUUGAAGGGCAAUAAAGUCGGAUUGAAGAAAUUGCGUCUGCGUAUUGAAGAUCCACCACGCAGGAAGCAUAUGGUGUACCUUGGGGGUGCAGUACUUGCUGGAAUCAUGAAGGAUGCACCUGAAUUUUGGAUUAGUAGGCAAGAUUAUCUGGAGGAGGGAAUUCAUUGCCUAAGCAAGUGUGGGUAGAGCCAUGAUUUUAAGCAGCAAUGCUAGUGUUUUAGAAAUUUGUAUGUUAGCUAAAAACGUGAGCGCAAUUGGGAUUUUACUGUUUCAAGUUUUGAGUAAAAAGCAAUUCCAAAACAUACAUUAACAGAAUGUCAAUUCCACAACUAAAUAUCUUUUUAAUAGACAACAAAUACAGUAUAUAUUGUUGCAAUGUAGAAUUUAAUAGAGGAAAAGAAGCCAAUGAGGAUUACUUGUAUUCACUGAAGCCGAAGCCACAAAUGUACAGCAAAUUAAAGCAACAAAUUUUACAUAAAACACACACACUCACUACACAUGAUAACAACAAUAAAGGAUUUUAUAUGUUUACACCAACCAGACUUUCCAUUAUAUGGUAUGGCAUUAUUUUCCCCAGACCAGACCACCCGAUUGAUUCCACAGAGCCCCAAACAAUGGCCCCCACCAUGUAAAUCUCAACCAACAAACAAACUCAAUAGCUUCUUACAAUAUGGUACACGCGCAGACGUUUGUCUUUGGAGUCUCAUCCAUCUUUUUUUCUGUUCAGAAUCAUAAAAGCCUAUUCAUUUCAGAAAAUACACUCUACCAGAAUCACUUAUUUGUUAACAUAUUGAUGAGGAAAGAGAAGGAGUCACCUGUUUUUGCUUUGGUUAAAGACAUCUGUACAACAGCAUGCAUUGUAAUUACCCCUUUUGGAAGCUCCCCAAAAGGUGUUCUGCACUGCCCAACAGUUUUGUUGUUUUCCAAAAUUUUCCCCGCAUUUAUUAAUUUUAUGUCAUUUGCUGAUUUGGGUCCGCCUUUCUUAUCUGGACGCAUUCAACAAACAUAAUCUUCAGAAAGAUAUGAUUCAACAAACAUACGUCAAAAAAAGAUGCAAUUUAUCAUCAACCAUUCAUUCAUUUUGAUCUAACGUGUUUCUCAUAGGCCAUGAGUAUAACAUAUGGAGAAAAGGUUGAAGGAGAUCUGAAAUGCCCAGAAAGGCAAAAACUAAGAGUUUUCCCUUUGCCCUUUGUCUAAUCUUUAACCAGCUAUGUCACUGGGAUAUAAGCUCAAGCUCUCUAGGAUUUCAUUUAUCUGGUCGGAAAUUGCAAAAACCACAAACUCAAAACUCCAUCACAGUUGGAUUACAGUACUCCAUGUUUCAUCAUUCUUUUCUUUGUGUGGAUCAUACAUCUUUCAUCUUUUCCUUAAACCAGAGAUCAUUUAGCUUAAAACAUAAAGACUGAAGAACAGCUAUUGACAUGAAUUUAUAAAGGCAAUUCACAGUCGUCAUGGAGUCACACUAACUAAUCUACAAAAUACAUGAAUCUCAAAAUCGAAAGGCAUAAUCUAUAGAGCAGAAAAAAAAAAAAGCAUGUACAGACAAAAGAGACCGAAAUCUGCCUAACCUUUGGGCCAUUCGGCAACAAUUCUCUCCUUGAGCAUGGCAACUGUGGAAGCUGGAGAGUAUCGAAAUGGACCAAUAUCCGAUCCAUCAAGCAACCGAAACUUGAGCUCUAAAACAUCUUCCUCCGGCAUUUGGAACAGCCUACGAUAUCACACCUUAUAUGAAGCCCUAGGAUCACACCUUUUCCACAAAUCACUAAUAUAUAUUAUCAAAAACCUUUGAAUUGUAGUGAAAGAAUCGAUCAGCAGCUGUAUGUGAACUGUGAAUUGCGGGAGAUGAGUAAAUGGUAUGAAGUAUGGACUAUGAAGGGAGGUGGAAAUUGAAGAAGAUGAGGAACCCUAGACCCGAUCUCGAGGCGCUCUGCUAAUGAAUGCGAAACCCCAUUUCUUUUCCUUUCAACUUUCGCUGUGCUUUUUAUUGUACUGGUCUGGUCAGCAAGUCAGUU